CCGGGCUUUGCGGGGUUAGCGCCCACCCGCCUCCUCCUGUAGCCAAUGGGAAGUGGAGCGCGCACGGAGCGGUGGGAACGGCGCCGAGUCGGUUGCCGUAACAACGAGCAGCCGAGUCCGCGGGCGAUGGCCUCCAGUUUCAAGAAGGCAAACAUGGCAUCAAGUACCCAGCGCAAAAGGAUGAGUCCUAAGCCCGAACUUACUGAAGAACAGAAACAGGAAAUCCGGGAAGCUUUUGAUCUCUUUGAUGCCGACGGUACUGGGACCAUAGACGUUAAAGAACUAAAGGUGGCCAUGAGGGCCCUGGGCUUUGAACCCAAGAAAGAAGAAAUCAAGAAAAUGAUAAGUGAAAUUGAUAAGGAAGGGACAGGAAAAAUGAACUAUAGUGACUUUCUGACAGUGAUGACUCAGAAAAUGUCCGAGAAAGAUACCAAAGAAGAAAUCCUGAAAGCCUUCAAGCUCUUUGAUGAUGAUGAAACUGGGAAGAUUUCCUUCAAAAAUCUGAAGCGCGUUGCCAAGGAGCUGGGCGAGAACCUGACUGAUGAGGAGCUGCAGGAAAUGAUCGACGAAGCUGAUCGCGAUGGAGACGGAGAAGUCAACGAGCAGGAGUUCCUGCGAAUCAUGAAGAAGACCAGCCUCUACUAAGACCCGUGUUUCCUUUUGCACUGCAAGCACACGUGUCUAGAUUUAGUGCCUGCCGUCUGUGUGAAACUUGGCUUUUGAAAACCCCAAUCUCCCCUUCCCAGACCUCCUGAACAACUUUAGCCAUGACCUUGAAUCUAUUUUAAACUUUUGGAAGUGUUCUUUGAUACUAAGUCCUUUGUAAAAUGACCAGCUGAUUUAUUCUGAAAAGCAGACAAGAGCACAGUCAAGGGGGAAAAGGGUCUUAAGUUGCCAUUUCACCUGCCAUUUCUUCCCAUGGGCCAUGCAUUUCCAUGUAGAUGCAUACAGAACCAUUUCUAGGAAGCUCAUAGACCCAUGACUCCAUGAGCAGUGAUUGGUUGUUCAAAUGUUUCAUUUUUUAGUUAAUACCUGAGUGCAGUUCUCUCUUUUGUAAAACCCAGUGAAUGUUUGCUCUUGCAUUUGGGUGUGUGUUAAUACAUUUGUUUUUGACUUAAAAAUAAAACUUUUUCUUAGUUUAA